GGUUUUCGUAUGUUUUGAUCAUGUUAAAACAAACGAUCAACAAGUAUCUCUUGAAAUUGUGGCUGUUAUUUGUACAUCGUCAAGGUCUACACAUAGCCUUACUUUAAUAGAUUGAGAUGUUUAUAAGUGUCUGAAAUUUUGGAGGAACACCACUUCUUACGAUGGUAUUAAGCAGCAACUUGUUUUGCGUUCAGAUGAAGUUGGUAGUGUCUACUGCCGUCAUGCUGCCACUGCUCUCUAUAUUUAUAUGCAUUUUUCUGUCGUUUGUGAAUAAUUUUGACAGUGUUACUUGGACUCAUUGCAAUGUACCAAACUUUUUUCCAUCAAUCAGUACGGUCAUAGGAAACUACACACCUCAAAAAUACAUAUGGCGGAUAGGCGUGGCACUGCAUGUCACACCACGACUGCUGUUUGCUACAGUUUAUUACAAUUACUACAGUGAUAUGAAGCACGUCGUUGAAAAACAUUACUUGUUCGGCAUCAUUAACAGAGUUGCUUGCUUGUGCCACAUCAGCGAGAUAUUUUGCUUACUAGGAUUGACCUGCGUCUCCUCUACCGAGAAUUUUGAAAUCCACCGGAAUUGUUUUAUAGGAUUUGGUGUAUUUUCAUUUUUGUAUAUGUUGCUUUCUUGCUUGUUAAGCUACUGGCCACGUCUUUCAAAAUCACUUGCGGAACAUCAAAGUGCAAAAAGGAAAGUGUUGGUUUUCUCUGCAAAUGUGUCAUCCUUCGCUUUGCUUACAUACUUUUACUGGAGACAUAAUAAGUACUGUGAACCAUACGUGUACAGCUUCUUUGCAACUUUUGAAUAUGCAGUUAUAUUGACCAACAUGGCCUUCCAUAGCUUAGCCAUUGGUGACUUUGGCAAGAAGUAUAUUGUGCUGUUGGAUGGUGGGCGGUUAUGAAGGCCUGCCAGAAGCACUUCCUAUGAACAAGUCUUAUAUCAACAUAUAUCACAUUUGUAGUCAUUUCAUUGGUAGACAUUUUGGAAAUAGAAAAAUAUUUGUGCGAAAAAAAGUCGCUAUUUAUGAUUUUACAAGAAAAUAAAUGUUUAUAUAUUUUUGUGACAAUCA